GGAACGUGGAAAUUGGAAUUGUCGCCACCAUUUGGAUGACCAAUGAUGACCUGCUCCCCCACUCUUCAAGCAUUUAAAACAAAGAUGCGCAAAUGUUUCAUCACAAAUUACAGAAAUAUGGAAAACAACAAACUUUCUCGAUUCAAAAAGACGAAUAUUUUUCAAUUACUCAUGUUCAAGGAUGAAAGAAAAGAAAUUAAAUUCAAACAAUUAUGAUAUGAGAAGAUAAAUUGUAAAGAGAGUGGACAUUUUUUUUCUUUUUAAACUGUGUUCAACACUAUUGAGGAUAACAACUUGUCAAAUUUUUCAAAAUAUAAUCCAUGGAAUAAUAGAAAUAAUAAAGAAAUAAAGGAAGUAUACGAUCCUCAUUGAUAAAUGACAAUGACAACAAUUUAAUAUUACAAACAAAGAUGAAACUUAUAUCAAGUUUGUGUUAUCAUUUACAAAUUUGUGAAAAUUUUCUAUGAUUCUCUUCAUUCAUUAUGUAUCGAGUGCUUUUUUUGUUAUUGCCUUUCAGCGUAAUAACUUUACCUACUGUUAGUAAAUAUUUGUGUGUGAUAUAUCCAAAAAGAUAUUUUCUUUGCAAUAAUGAAAAAUGUCUAUUUUUUACUGCAAAAUGUAAUGGUUACAAUGACUGUGGUGAUAAUUCCGAUGAAGAUAAUUGUGAAGAGUUCAAGCCACCAACAAUUCAUAACUGUACAAAGGAUGAGUUUCAAUGUCGAAAUAAAUUAUGCAUACCGAUAAAUGAUUUUUGCGAUAUACGCGAAGAUUGCUUAGACGGAAGCGAUGAAUAUGACGGCUGCGAAAGAAUGAUAAGAAUUGUGGACCCUAGGUUGUACGCAAUGGUACAUAAGUUAAAACAAAUAUCCUGCUCGGGUUUUAAGUGCAAAGACGGAGUUUGUAUCAAUAAUAAUUCACGUUGUGAUGGCACACAAGAUUGUCCCGAUGGAAGCGAUGAAAUAAAUUGUGAAAAUCUUCGAGUGUCGCCCAAGGAUUGUAAUCAAACGAUUAAUCGUUAUUUGUGUAACAAUACUAAAUGUAUUUCGUUAAAUUUAACUUGCGAUGAAAACAAUGAUUGUGGUGAUAAUUCCGAUGAAGGUGGCGAUUGUAAAAAUUCGACCAAACGAUGCACAUGUCAACAUUUUUGUAAAAAUACACCUCGUGGACCGCUUUGUUCCUGUAGAGAAGGUUUUACAUUAAAAAAUAAUUCAUUCUGUGAAGAUAUUAAUGAAUGUGAAAUUUAUGGAAUUUGCAGUCAUGAAUGUAUAAAUACAAUAGGUGGCUAUGAAUGCCGUUGUAGCCCAGGAUAUGUUGCAUAUCAUGUAUCACCUUGGGAUAUUAUUCAUAAUACUUCUGUUAAAAGUUCUUGUAAAUAUGAAGGUAAUGACGCUGAAUUAUUAUUUGCGACGCAAAGAGAAAUUCAUAAAAUGCAAUUAGCAACGAGAAAGAUUUCAAAUUUGGUUUCAAGUAAAUCGAAAGUUAUUAGUAUUGCUCGUCAUGAGAAUUACAUUUAUUGGAUUGUCGAAGAUAAUAUUAACACUCAAUUAAUUUACAAAAGUUUUAAAAAUGGAUCGAAUCCAGAAAUCAUAUUGAAUACAGGUCUCCUUAGUUCUCAAGAUAUGUUUGUAGAUCGUGAAACUGAAAAUAUUUUCUUCUCAGAUAUCAGAAACAAACAUAUUGCAGUUUGCAACAAGGAUGGAGAUUAUUGUACUGUAAUUAUCACUGAACAAAUCACCACAUGCAUUGCCCUUAGUUCAACGACAGGAUUAAUAUAUUGGUAUAGUAGGGAAACAAACUCUAUAUUAGUAGCUGGAAUGAAUGGAAAAAAUCAAAAGAUUCUCAUACAGAAUGUGACUACUCCACUUGCAUUGGCUAUUGAUGAAUACAAUAAACGAUUGUAUUGGCUUGAUUUAAAAUACCAUAUGAUCCAAUCAAUUAAGUUAGAUGGGACCGAUAUGAGGAUAGUGUUGAAAACUGUGCGGAACAGUUUUUCUGUUUUUGGAGUAUUCGAAGACGAUUUGUAUUUUGCGUCUCUUGAUCAAAUUCAAUCCUGUAACAAAUUUACUUGCAAGAAUUUAAAAACUGUAAUUAAUAGCGAUAAAGUUCUAUAUGAUAAUAUUAUUUAUCACGGUCUACAAAAUCAUUCUGCGAAAGAUAAUCCUUGUUAUCGGCAUCCAUGCUCACAACUUUGUCUUCCGACUGGAACUGGAAAUUAUUCCUGUGCUUGUACUUUAGAUCAUGAAUUAGCGUCAGAUAAUCAAACUUGUAAAGAAUCUUUGAAUUAUGAACACAUUAUAAUUGGAUAUGGCAAUAAAUUAUUUAAAUUUUACAAAAAUCUUCUUGGACGACCAUCAAUGAAAUCAAAUGACACAUUAAAAGACAUUACACAUAUCGUAUAUGAUUCAAUUGCAGACAAUAUACUUGUAGCCGAUCGAUUUACAGACUCAUUGUUCAGUUUUAAUUGGAAAAGUGGUGAAGUGAAAUUAAUUUUAGACAUAACAAAUCAGUAUAUUGGUGGCAUGGAUUUUGAUUAUGCUGGUAAUAAUUUAUAUUUGUCAAACAUGGAAUUUAAUGCCAUUGAAAUUUACAGUAUGAAGACGCAAAGUAGAUUAGAAAUUCCUUUUGUCGAUCAACCACAUGAAAUUGCUCUCGUACCAGAGGAAGGAAUUAUGUUCGUGGUAUUUCAAACGAAAAUGAAGAAGUAUGUUUUAAGAAAGUUGGACAUGUCAGGAAAAGUAAAAUCUCAAAACUUUUUUGAAAUCAUCAAUUUUUUAAAUAGGGAGAUAAAAAUAUUUCUCGCUUAUGAUUUUUAUGAUGAGAAAUUAUAUUUGGCCAAUGAUAUCAGCAGCCAUACUAUUUACAGUAUAUCUAAACAAGGCAGUAGUGAAAGGUUCUUCACUAGCUCACUUUUUAGACCGGUGAGCCUGGCGGUUAUGGACGAUUUAAUAUAUUGGACGGAACGAGAUGAUCCAAAAUUAAUUUGGUCUAAUAAAAAUAGAUUUCAUAGUAGUGAAUUAAAAAUUGAAUAUAAUGCUAUUAGGGGAAAGUUAAUGUCCAUGCAAUUGACAGUUUUACAUAACAGGCAUAUGAAUAAUCACAAUUGUAGCCAGGGAUCACCUUGUUCACAUAUUUGCAUUACAACAGGAACAGAUAAUUAUAUUUGUGAGUGUCCCUAUGGAAUGAGUUUGAAUGAUGAUGGAAAAACAUGCGAGACAAGAACAUGUCAAACAGAUGAAUGGAGAUGCGUAAGAACUGGUCAUUGCAUCGAUAUAAGGAAAAAAUGUGAUGGAAAAGUCGAUUGUCUUGGUGGAGAAGAUGAAAUAAGUUGCAAUUCAAAUAGUCAGUGUUCAAAUUUAGAGUUUCGUUGCCAAAAUGGACAAUGUAUCGACAUUAAAGGCCAUUGUGAUUAUAUUUUUGAUUGUUUCGAUGAGACAGACGAGAAAAAUUGUACAAGAAAAUCUUGUGACGAGGGAGAAUUCCAGUGUCACGAUAAAGGUCAAUGUAUAAUGAAAUCACUUGUCUGUAAUGGACGAAUCGACUGUCUUGACACUUCCGAUGAAUUUAAUUGUAAAAAUUUUACUUGCAACUCAAAUCAUUUCAAAUGUAAUAUAACAGACGUUUGUAUUCCAAAACACUGGGAAUGUGAUGGAGAGAUUGAUUGCUCGGAUGGUUCGGACGAAGGUGAAAAAUGCAUAUCCAAAAUUUGUUCUCAAAAAAUGUUUCAAUGUAAAAAUAGUAAUUGCGUUGAUCAGCUAUUAGUUUGCAAUGGUUACGAUGAUUGUGGCGAUUUAUCUGAUGAAACAGGAUGUAUAAAUUAUAAAAAAAUUGAUCCCAUCAAUUGUAAUGCCACUGAAUAUAAAUGCAACAAAAGUGAAAUUUGUAUUCCUCAAAAUUUGCGAUGCAAUAACAAAUUAGAUUGUCCACAUGGUGACGAUGAGAAAAAUUGUUUUCAAUGUGAAGAAUCAGAAUUUAAAUGUGAAAAUUUGCGAUGCAUUGAUUUGUCUUGGAUGUGCGACAGCAAAAAUGAUUGUGGAGAUAAUUCAGAUGAGACACAUUGCGGAACUGCUCGUCAAGUGAACAAUUCGCCAUCAAUAACAAGUUCAUGUGAAGAAUAUAAAUGUGAUGACGGUGGAUGUAUUUCAUAUAGCAAACUUUGCAAUCAAAUUUACGAUUGUAAUGAUAAAAGCGAUGAACAAGGACAGUGUGAAUCUUCUUGUAAUCAUACAUCUUCUUGCGAACAAUUAUGUAUUAAAUCUCCAAAAGGACCAGUUUGUCAGUGUGUUGAAGGAUAUAAAUUGCAAGAAGAUGGUAAAUCUUGUAAGGACAUUGACGAAUGUAGUUUACCAACGGGAACAAAAUUUUGCAGUCAAAUUUGUAUCAAUUCUUUAGGAUCGUACAAAUGUGAUUGCUAUAAUGGUUAUACGCUUCGUAACGAUGGAAUAACAUGUAAAAGUACAGAUUUAUCAAUGAAAUUCAUCAUAGCCAGUAAUGAGGGUAUCAAAAAAGUGUCUCUAGGCGGAAUUGCAACCGAAAUUAUUGUUUCCGAUAUGAAUGAUGAAAUUUCCGGUUUAGAUGUGAAUAUUGCAAAAAAUACAAUUUAUUGGAGCAACGAAAAUAUGAAAACCAUUUCGAGAUUAAAUUUAACAACAGGAGAAAGGAAGGAAAUAUUCUUUCAAAAUCCUGAUCGUUUGGCAGUUGAUUGGGCAACUGAUAAUGUCUACGUUUACAGUAAAACAUCACUUGCUUCAAUUAAGGUUUGCAAUCUCAAUAAAGGUAUUUGCGCGAAUGCAAUAUCUCUCGAUAAAGUUGGAAAUGUAUUUGCUCUUAUUGUCGAUUCUGUAAAUGGAUGGAUCUUUUGGAGUCUCAGUAAACAAGGAAGUUACAGUAAAUCGGAAAUAUAUCGUGCCGAAUUGAGCGGAAUUAAUCCAAUCAGUAUUGUAAAAUCAAGAGUGACAAUUAUUUCUGGUCUUGCUAUCGAUCAUGAAAGAUCCCGACUUUAUUGGUGUGAUAUUCUUUUAAGAGUCAUUGAAAGUUGCGAUUUUGAUGGAAAUGAUCGAAAAUUAAUUUACGAAAAUGAUGUUUAUCAUCCAAUGCAACUAAAUAUAUUCGAAGACCAUUUAUAUUGGUUGUCAGGCAUUAGUGAAAAAAUUCAAAAAUGUCCACUAUUAAAUAAUAAUAAUACAGAAGAAUGUGAGAUAAUUGAUACAGGAAUGUCAGAUAUUCACAAAUUCUUCACUAUUAUGCAAAAAUCACGACAACCUUUCGUAAAAGAUAGAUGUGCAGAACAUAAAUGUGAGCACAUAUGCGUCUUGACGAAAGAUGAUUCAGCGUGUAUUUGUGAACAUGGUUAUCCCUCGAGAACAAAUGGAACAUGUACAAGUACAGAAACUGAAUUAACAAUAAUUAAUCAUUCAAAACCAACGAAAUAUUAUUCACGAAGGAAAUAUAUUUACAUUGGAAUUGUACCAGUUGUAAUUAUUUUUCUUGGAUUUUUUGUUUAUAAAUUUUAUUUCAAAAAAAGAUUUUCCAAUAUUUCUAUUGUUGGAUCAUUAAUGGAACGAUUGAGUAAUAAUAACAGAACAAGUAAUGCAAAUUUAUCUCAAGAUCGUGACAGAGAAUUGAGAUUAGUUGGCAGUGAAUUUGAAAAUCCAAUGUUUCAAGAUGAACAAUCACCAUCUCUUCCGAGAAAUAGCGUAGAGACUGACAGUGAGAGGAGAAAUUUAAUUAACAAAGAACAAUUGUCACUAACAGAUUUUAAUAUUGGACCUCAUCCAAAACCUACCUAAAGUUAAGAAAUUAAAUGUAAUAUAAUUUUAGAUUUUUCUCAUACAAAAGAUACUUGGCGCAUUGAUUCUGUGAAUAAUUUUUUUAAUUAAUCGAUUUUUACAUACUUUUAUCAGAAUUGAAUAAUAUUUAUAAUUUUUAAUUGCGUAAAUAUUCAAUAUUAUUUAUUUUUGUUUAUUAAUAUAAGUCUCUUUAAAUAUGUACAUUUUUUAUAAUAUCCAAUAAUAAGAAGCUUACCGAAUCUAUUAUUGUAAUAUCAAGCAGGGUUUAAUAAAUAUUU